ACGAUGAAUGUCAGUGGAGGAAACAUCAGCAGUGUUCAGCGACUGACGACAAGCUCGUCGAAGAACUCUCCUCUGAAUAUUCAGGAGUGGACGACUAUUUGGCACUGGUACUGGCAGGAUGAAAAUGGAAUUUGGAAAGAAUAUGGAGACCCAGACCGACGGGGUCGGAGGUCAGAGCUCGACAGCGACAUGGUGGAGGAGAGGUAUCUAGAGAACCCAGAUGGAUCCAUCAAGUUUGGAAAUGGCCGACAUCAGUACAUUCUGUAUUUUACUGACAUGCAACAAAUGAAUAAAAAAACAAAAACAAUGCGUGACGUUCGACGCAGACCUACAUUCUUCCAUCCUAAAGAUACCAAAAAGAAGAUAGAAGAUAUCAAAAAGAGAAGUAGUCAGGCUUCUGCUGACGUUUCGAAAUCUUUCGUACCAAAAGAAUGGAAUGUGUCAGAAAAAGAUGUCUAUGGACAUUACCAAAAAACAGUGAUUGAGCAGAGUAGCCAAGAAUUCAAGUUGAUUGACAAACUUUUUCACACGACCAUGCCUCAGGGGAGAUCAAUCAAGUCACUGGAGAGAAUCGAGAAUGGAGAAUUGUGGAACAGUUUCUGUCUAAAACGAGAUCAGAUGAAGAGAAAACUGGGGAAGGAUGUUGAUGAAUGCCAGCUGUUCCACGGAACACACGUUGACAACAUCGAGGCGAUCUGUCGCCAAGGUUUUGACUUUCGGUUCUCCGGGAAAGCUGUAGGCACCUUACACGGAAAAGGAAGUUAUUUUUCCACCGAAGCAGGUUACUCCGAUUCUUACACUGUCAACUGUGGAAAGAUGUUCAUCGCUCUAACUUUGGUGGGUGACUUUUCAAAGGGUAACCAAUCGUUUGUACGCCCACCACCAAAAAUUGAUUCUGAACCACAUGGUGAUUUGUUUGACAGCUGUGUUGACAACGUAGAAAAUCCUAAAAUCUUUGUAAUCUUUGAUGUGUACCAGGUGUAUCCGCAGUAUCUUAUCACCUAUGAGUAAGACUGUGUCUUCAUACACUGUGCAAGAUGACCCUGUUGGUAGAGUAAACUGAUCGUAAGUUUAGAAGCUGGGGCCUAAUUCACUAAACUCUCGUAACUUUUCGAUAUCGCAGUGCAAUGCUUAAAAACUUGCAAAGAGGAUGCUUUGUUGUCUAGCAGAGCCUAAGAGAGCUUUGUGAAUCAGGCCCCAGAAUUCUUAGUUUUACACUACACCAGGGAAUAAAGAUUAAAUAAAUUAGAGAUUAGCUGUGAAUCAUUCAUUCCAACAAUAUGUGAUUGCAGUUUUUUUAUUUAACACUAGAAGAAAUGAACCACAGCAGGAGUUUCGAUUUAAAAAAGAUACAUUCUUAAAAUUCUAUUUUUCUUUCACCAUUGAUAAUUAGGAAAUUAGUUAGGUGUUCUAAAAGGAACACAUGUAAGUAUCUAAAAUAUUUUAGAUGGACGUUGUAAUUAUUUUAAAGACAUUUGUACACAUAUGGUUCCGUUAAUUUUGUUUUAA